AUGGAGACGAAGAGCAUGAGGAGGAAGAGCAUGGAGAGGAAGCGCAUGAGGAAGAGCAUGGAGAGGAAGAGCAUUAGGAAGAGCAUGGAGAGGAAGACCAUGGAGAGGAAGAGCAUGAGAAAGAGCAUGGAGAGGAAGAGCAUGGAGAGGAAGAGCAUGGAGAGGAAGACCAUGGAGAGGAAGACCAUGGAGAGGAAGAGCAUGGAGAGGAAGAGCAUGAGAAAGAGCAUGGAGAGGAAGAGCAUGGAGAGGAAGAGCAUGGAGAAGAAGAGCAUGGAGAGGAAGAGCAGGGAGAAGAAGAGCAUGGAGAGGAAGAGCAUGGAGAAGAAGAGCAUGGAGAGGAAGAGAAUGGAGAGGAAGAUCAUGGAAAGGAAGAGCAUGGAGAGGAAGAGCGUGGAGAAGAAGAGCAUGAGGAAGAGCAUGGAGAGGAAGAGCAUGAGGAAGAGCAUGGAGAGGAAGACCAUGGAGAGGAAGACCAUGGAGAAGAAGAGCAUGGAGAGGAAGAGCAUGGAGAGGAAGGGCAUUAGGAAGAGCAUGAGGACGGGCAUGGAGAGGAAGAGCUUGAGGAAGAGCAUGGAGAGGAAGAGCAUGGAGAGGAAGACCAUGGAGAGGAAGAGCAUGAGGAAGACCAGGAAGAAGACCAUGAAGAGAAAGACCACGAGGAAGAGCAUGGAGAGGAAGAGCAUGAGGAAGAGCAUGGAGAGGAUGAGCAUGGAGAUGAAGAGCAUUGAGAGGAAGACCAUGGAGUGGAAGAGCAUGGAGAGGAAGACCAUGGAGACGAAGAGCAUGGUGAGGAAGAGCAUGGAAAGGAAGAGCAUGGAGAGGAAGAGCAUGGAAAGGAAGAGCAUGGAGAGGAAGAGCAUGGAAAGGAAGAUCAUGGAGAUGAAGAGCAUUGAGAGGAAGACCAUGGAAUGGAAGAGCAUGGAGAGGAAGACCAUGGAGUGGAAGAGCAUGGAGAGGAAGACCAUGGAGACGAAGAGCAUAGUGAGGAAGAGCAUGGAUAGAAAGAGCAUGAGGAAGAGCAUGGAAAGGAAGAGCAUGAGGAAGAGCAUGGAGAGGAAGAGCAUGGAGAUGAAGAGCAUUGAGAGGAAGACCAUGGAGUGGAAGAGCAUGGAGAGGAAGACCAUGGAGAGGAAGAGCAUGGAGACGAAGAGCAUGGUGAGGAAGAGCAUGGAGAGAAAGGGCAUGAAGAGGAAAAGCAUGAGGAAGAGCAUGAGGAAGAGCAUGAGGAAUAGCAUGGAGAGAAAGAACAUGAGGAAGAGCAUGGAGAGGAAGACCAUUGAGAGGAAGACCAUGGAGAGGAAGACCAUGAAGAGGAAGACCAUGGAGAGGAAGAUCAUGAGGAAGAGCAUGGAGAGAAAGACCAUGAGGAAGAGCAUGGAGAGGAAGAGCAUGAGGAAGAGCAUGGAGAGGAAGAUCAUGGGGAGGAAGACCAUGGAGAGGAAGAGCAUUGAGAGAAAGGGUAUGGAGAAGAAGAGAAUAGAGAGGAAGAGCAUGGAGAAGAAGAGCAUGGAGAAGAAGAGCAUGGAGAGGAAGAGCAUGAGGAAGAGCAUGGAGAGGAAGAGCAUGAGGAAAAGCAUGGAGAGAAAGACCAUGAGGAAGAGUAAGGAGAGGAAUAGCAUGAGGAAGAGUAUGGAAAGGAAGAGCAUGGGGAGGAAGACCAUGGAGAGGAAGAGCAUUGAGAGGAAGACCAUGGAGAGGAAGAGCAUUGAGAGGAAGACCAUGAAGAGGAAGAGCAUGGAGAGGAAGACCAUGGAGAGGAAAACCAUGGAGAGGAAGACCAUGGAGAGGAAGACCUUGGAGAGGAAGAGCAUGGAGAGGAAGAGCAUGGAGAGGAAGAGCAUGGGGAGGAAGAGCAUGGGGAGGAAGAGCAUUGAGAGGAAGAGCAUGAGGAAACGCAUGGAGAGAAAGACCAUGAGGAAGAGUAAGGAGAGGAAUAGCAUGAGGAAGAGUAUGGAAAGGAAGAGCAUGGGGAGGAAGACCAUGGAGAGGAAGAGCAUGGAGAGGAAGAGCAUGGAGAGGAAGAGCAUGGGGAGGAAGAGCAUGGGGAGGAAGAGCAUGGGGAGGAAGAGCAUGGAGAGGAAGAGCAUGGGGAGGAAGAGCAUGGAGAGGAAGAGCAUGGAGAGGAAGAGCAUGGAGAGGAAGAGCAUGGGGAGGAAGAGCAUUGAGAGGGAUUCUAACCAGGAUGGAGGUUGUGUUUAG